UUUGCAUAUUUUUUUUUCUCUUUUCAUUCCUUACAUAUCUUUAUAUAUGGUAUCAUUUGCAGAAUUUCUAAUAAUUUAUAUGAUAGGAGGGAUAACCCUUUUACCGAUUAUUGGUCUGGCCACCAUUAUGUAUAUGAUGGGCAAUAUAAAGCCCUUACUUCCUAACCAAAAGCCAACGCCUAAACUAAUGGAAAAGGAAGAUCCGAACGAUGCAAAUGUUACAAAGGGUUGGAUUCGCCUCAUUAACCAAUAUCAACCUAAAAUGCCCGAAAUUCAUUCAGGACAUAAUACCAAUGGAGGUAUUAUAUCUGGUAUACAAUCCUAUGUCAGUGGAGGAAAUAAUAAUGGCAAUAAUAACAAUAGUAAUAAUACUAAUAACAAGAAUAAAAAAGGCGUUUAUUAUGCUGUAUUAAAAAAUGGCAUCUUGUCCUGCUAUGAAUCUGAAAAACAACAAGAAGUCAUCAUGUCUCUUUCAUUGCAAGAUUAUCAUGUUUCCUUAUAUCCUCCAAACUCAGAAACAAAGCCUGAAGGCGAGAUUUAUGGUCGUAGAGCCGUUAUCCGUUUAACUCCUUCCAACCUUCAACAUAAUAACAUUAACAAUGAUAAAAACAAGUUUGGCCUUUCAACUGCUUAUACGUUAUCCGAAGAUGAUAUUACAAGUAUACCUUCAAGAAUACUUUAUUUAACUUGUGCGCGUAAUAUCGAUAAAGAAGAUUGGUACUUUAGUCUUAUUAAAGCUCAUCAUAUAUUAUAUAAAGAUGCUCUCUCAGCACUUGAAAAUGAUACUCAAUAUAUAAUGAUGGAUAAUACACAUUUUGAUGCAUCUGCUUUAAAUGACUUGAUUCAGCAAAUACAAUCGACUCCUAAUUGUCAGCAAACUGCCUGGAUUAACGCCAUUCUUGGUCGCUUAUUUUUAGGGAUGUAUAAAACAGAUAGAUUAAAAAACAUCGUGGAAAUGAAAAUAAGAAAAAAGAUUGAUAAAACAAAACGACCUUCAUUUCUGGAUGAAAUCCAUGUGCGUGAUGUUGAUGUGGGUCAAUCAGUACCUUUUAUUACUGAACCCCAAUUACUAUCUUUAACUCCUGAAGGUGAAGUGAUUGUGGAAGCUAAAAUAGAAUACAAAGGUGGAUUAACUAUUGAAAUUGAAACUGAUUUCAAUUGGUCUUAUUCAUCACGUAUGAAGCCGAUCCGAAUGAAUUUAGUUUUGGCCGUAUCAUUAAAAAGAUUGGCUGGUAAAAUGAUGUUCAAAUUGAAAGCACCACCUACUAAUCGCUUUUGGCUGGGAUUUUUUGAAAUGCCUGAAAUGGAGUGGAAGAUUACUCCUAUCGUAGCCGAUAAAACGAUCAAGUUAGGUAUCAUCACAAAUGCAAUUGAAUCUCGUAUCCGUGAAGUAAUGGCUGAGACCUUUGUUUUACCGAACAUGGAAGAUACGGCUUUUUGCUCUUCAGGUGGUAAAGGUGGUAUCUUUGGAGAAUAUGUAAAAGUAGAAAUAAAAAAUCAGAAGACGCAAGCAGAUUUUGCUCCUAAUGGUGACAAUAUUAAACAUAGAAGAACAAGUUCAAAUCCCUCAAUAGUGUCUUCUUCAUCGAGUAAAUGCCAGUCUACAGCAGUUAAUGAUUUACUUAAAGAAAUACAUUCUGUACCUAGUACAGCUCAAAAGCGUCCUACUUCUGUUGGUGAUAUAUUUAAAACCAAAGAGCGUCGAGCAGAAUCCCCAUCUGAUCUUAUCUCUAAUGUAGAUAUAGACGAUAACAAUAGAACAGAUGUGGAAUCCUGUACUGUAGCCUCACAUAAAUUAGAGUUGACUCACCCUUCACCUGAAAUGCAGGUAUCAAAUACUAUGGAUGAUAGUUCAUCACUUAAAUCUAUGGAUCAACUUUCCUUAACUGAAUCAACAGUAACAAUAGCAGGUUCUACUUCAACUGCAAGUAGUGGUAGUAAAUGGUCAAAAACUUCAUUUUUAAGAAAACGUGUCAAAAAGAUGGAUAAUGAUAAUAAUGACGUUGAAAGCAUUAGUGCAAAGAAGGGUUUUCUUAAUAAAAUCAAUAAUCUUUUACCAACAGAAAAAGACAAUAAUCUUGACUCAUUAUCUAUUCAAUCAGCUUCUACAACAUCUUCCAGUAAUUCUACUAAUAGUAAGAUGAAUUCUUUUAGAAAUAUGGCAGAAAAUUUUAUUUCUAAGAGAUUAGCUCACCAUGAAGAAGACAAAGAUGACCUCUUUAAACCGAUUAGUACAGAAAGAAAGGAAAUAUAUGCAGAUAGGAUAGCCGAUAUGCGUAAAAGAGUAGAAGAAAGUAGAAUUUCGACAAAUUCGUCAACCAUAUUACCAUCAACAAUUCAAGAUCCUGCUACUGCCAAUUUUGCCGCUGUAAAUUUGAGCGAGACAGCAACCUCUUUAUAUGAUAAUAAUAAAGAAUUAGUGAAAAUCAUAGAAGAAAAACAGCAGCAGAUACCUUCCUCUCCACCUAUAAAACCUCGACGUAAUAGAUCAAUAUCAGAUUCCUAUAAUUCAGCAACAAUAACAACAACAACAACAACAACAACGACAGCGAAUACUAUUACCAUAAAUCAAUUAUCAUCGUCAUUGGAUCAACAACUUUUAAAACCACAGCCCCCACUCCCACCAAGAAGAAACUCGACUCCCCCUUCUGCUUCUAAUGAUUUAUUAGCCUCAUUACCAACUGAUAAUACAUCAGUAAAUACGCAUUCAGUAACAGCAGCGAUAAAAUCUAAUACUGAAGAUGAAACCGUAAAUAGUUUUAUACCAACCGAUGAGCACCCUGCAGAAAUAAUAACAGAAAAGACUAUUGAUCAAAGACAACCUCCUGCUCUUCCUACCAAGCCAAGACCAGAUAUAGCUCAAAUGAAUGUCAAUAAUAAUAAAGACAUUCAACACUUAUAUCACUCUCCACCACCCUUGCCGACUACACCUAGGCCUAUUACUUCAAGAAAGGUUUUAUUGGACAAUGAAAAAAGCAAGCCCAAUAUGUUAUCUUCACCUUUAUAUGAAGAAAAUUUUAAACAUGAAGAUUCAUUAGCAUCAAAAUUAUCUUUUGAAAGGGACCCUUUAGCAUUUGGGACUCAAAAGAAUAAUGAAGAACACCCUACUGGUUCCCCAGCCAUUCCUCCAAGACAUUAUCAAAAUAAUUGAUUAGAGAAAAUAAAUAAAAGUUUAUUAUUAUUAUUAUUUUAUGUUUGUAAUAGCCAUUUGU